ACAAGUAGUAGCAGUCAUGAAAUCCGUGUACAAGUCAUCGUCAUCGAUAUAUACAACAUACAACAAUUAUUAACUUUGGUGUGAGAAAUUUCUGGACUUUCUAGAGAGAGAAAACCCCAACUCCGUCGUCACCAUUCGCCGGACAUUACAACAACCUCUUCUCACCGAAAUUUGUCGGUUUUUGUUUCUACUGUUUCGCCAUUUCUGAGGGAUUGGGCUGAAAAGUGUGUCUAGGGUUUUUAAAUUGUUCUGAUCGAUUGAGUAGUGGUGGGGUUUUUGGGUGAGAAUCCGGGAAAUUGUAAAGAAAUGGGGGAUACUGAGGAAGGAAACAGUGAUAUGAUCCAAAGAGUACAAUCUUCCUUCGGAACUUCGUCAUCAUCGGUUCCUAAACAACAACCACAAAAGCCUGUCAAUUUCAAUCAGCUUGAUAUACCGCAGUUGAACACAGCACAGUUUCGUGGUCAAACUCGACAGUUUUCCCCAAAUUAUAACCUUGAUAACAGCAAUAAAAGAGUCGGAAUCCCGCCGUCUCACCCGCAGUUUCCUCCGGUCUCACCUUACUCACAGAUUCCGGUGACUCAGAGCUCCGGGAAUACUCAUAAAAUCGGGGGUUCACAGAGUUUCAAUCAUAGCAAUCACAGCCCAGGGCCAUCGCAUUCACGAUCAUUAUCACAACCUUCUUUCUUCCCCCUCGAUUCUCUUCCUCCUCUGAGUCCAUCCCCAUAUCGCGAUUCCCCUUCAGCACGUUCAUCCGAUCAGGUCAUAACCGAUGUUUCCAUGGAAGAUCGUGACGCAAAUGCACACUCUUUAUUACCUCCUUCUUCACCUUUCGCAAGGAGCAAUUCCGGUAAUUCUACUCGAACAGAGAAUCUUCCACCACGGAAAGCACACAGACGUUCCAACAGUGAUAUCCCAUUUGGAUUCUCAACAAUCUUACAAUCCUCGCCACCAUUGGUUCCGUUAAGAACUCCCAACACUUUAGACAGGGUUACAUCUUCAAACAAUCAAGCGUCAAAGCCAAUCCAGUUAGUGAAACGCGAAUCAAGUUGGGAAAAAAGUGGAGGCGAGGGUAAUGCAGAAGGAAUGGGAGAAAGAAAAUCCGAAGGGGAAGUUGUUGAUGAUUUGUUUUCUGCUUAUAUGAAUCUUGAAAAUCUUGACACAUUAAACUCUUCGGGAACUGAUGAUAAACAAGGAACUGAGAAUCGUGAAGAUUUAGAUAGUCGAGCUAGUGGAACAAAAACAAAUGGAGGUGAUAGCAGUGAUAAUGAAGCUACUAGUAGUGUUAAUGAUAAAGGGAUUAAAAGGAGUGCAGGUGGAGACAUUGCUCCAACAACAAGGCAUUAUAGAAGUGUGUCAAUGGAUAGUUUUAUGGGGAGGAUGAACUUUGCUGAUGAAUCACCUAAGCUUCCUCCUUCUCCCGGAGGGCAUAUUGGUCAAUUAUCCCCUAAUAAUUCAAUCGACUCAAAUUCAAAUACUUUUAGUUUGGAGUUUGGAAAUGGUGAGUUUACAGGGGCUGAGCUCAAGAAAAUCAUGGCUAAUGAAAAACUUGCAGAGAUUGCUUUAUCUGAUCCCAAACGAGCCAAAAGGAUUUUGGCAAAUCGACAAUCUGCUGCAAGAUCAAAAGAGAGGAAAAUGCGUUACAUUACAGAAUUGGAGCACAAGGUUCAAACUUUACAGACUGAAGCAACCACAUUGUCUGCACAGCUUACCUUAUUACAGAGAGAUUCAGCAGGACUUACAAGUCAAAAUAACGAGCUAAAGUUUCGUCUGCAAGCUAUGGAACAACAAGCCCAACUUCGAGAUGCAUUAAACGAGGCUUUGACGGCGGAAGUCCAACGUUUAAAAAUCACAACCGCGGAAUUAAACGGAGACACUGCAAAGUUUUCUCAACUUUCAAUCAGCUCACAAAUGUUCCGGUUACACAUGCAGCAACAACAGCAGCAACAACAACAGCAACAGACAGAACAGCAAAAUGGUGGAGCAGCCGCUAAGCACGAGUCAAACCAAUAGGACCCACCCGGUGAAGGGGUGAUGGUUUUUGUGUCUUUUCGGGAGUACAGACUGCGGGUUCUUUUAGUAAGUUAUUAUAUAAUACAAGACUUAGCGGGUUUGAUCUUGGAUCGAGCUUUUCUAGCCAUUCGUUAUUUAUAUUUAUAUAUAUCAUAUAUAUUAUAUACACAGUCGUUGG